GGGUUUAACAGAGAGACAAAAUUUUAGGCCUUUCUUGUUGGGAAAAAAAGGAAAGCAAAAUUAGGUCUCAGAAAAAUGUCAAGACCAGAACUGCUAGCACCACCAGAAAUUUUCUACAACGAUGAUGAAGCUCGAAAAUAUACUUCAUCUUCUCGAAUUAUCGACAUACAGACACAACUUUCGGAGAGAGCAUUGGAGCUUCUUGCUUUGCCAGAUGAUGGUGUCCCAAGAUUACUUCUUGAUAUUGGUUGCGGAUCAGGUCUAAGUGGGGAAACACUCACUGAGCAUGGACACCAGUGGCUUGGUUUGGAUAUAUCAGAUUCAAUGCUUGACAUUGCAUUGGAGCGUGAGGUUGAGGGUGAUGUGAUUCUGGCUGACAUGGGUCAGGGCUUAGGGAUUCGACCCGGUAUUCUGGAUGGUGCCAUCAGUAUCUCAGCUGUGCAGUGGUUGUGCAAUGCUGACAAAUCUUGUCAUGAACCUCGGAUAAGAUUGAAGGCUUUCUUUAGUUCCUUGUAUAGAUGUUUGGGAAGGGGAGCAAGAGCAGUACUCCAGAUCUAUCCUGAAAAUAUUGCUCAGAGGGAGCUGAUUCUGGGUUUUGCCAUGCGAGCUGGAUUUGCUGGAGGCAUAGUUGUUGACUACCCACACAGUUCUAAAAGGAGGAAAGAAUACUUAGUUCUCACUUGUGGUCCGCCGUCUCUCAGCACCACCACUCCCCAAGGAAAGGGUGAAGAUGGAGAGAGUUGUUCUGAUGAAGACAGUAGUGAGGAUGAAGAAAACCAGACAGUUUGCAUAUCUGACAGGCGCAGACCUAGAAAAAUGCAAAAAGUGAACAAGAAAGGCAAAGGAAAGGAUUGGGUUCUGAAGAAGAAAGAACAGAUGAGGAGAAAGGGGAAUGCGGUUCCUCCAGAUAGCAAAUACACGGCACGCAAAAGAAAAGAUCGCUUUUGAUCCAUUAGUAAGAUAUAUUCGGGUUGAUUUAUUCGUUUUAAACAGAACUUCAACACAAGGACUUUUUUUUUGGGAGUGUAUUCUUUAAAGAUUCUGGGAUACAGUUUUGUGAGACCUGGAUAAUUCUUCAGCUGAGUUCAAGAGUACAAGAUAGUUUUAUAGUUUUGAGGUUUUCUUGGUAUGUUUUACUUUUUCAGUUAGAGGUUUUUCGAAGAAAUUUAAAGCGUAGUUUGAUCAUGUAGCGUGUAUUACCCCCCAUUUUGGAGUUAAUUAUUGGUUGAAUACAUUUACCUUAUACAGUACAAA